CAUUUACCUGCUGUGGAGGCUGUGUAACACUGAAGGUCCUUGGUGUGCAGCGGUUACACUGUAAUAUUUAAAACUACUAUGUUGUUACUUGGGUGAAGAUUACCGAUCAGCUCCACCAUCACACCGACAGUGGUGAGAAACAUCAGCUGCUUCCUGACUGGUGUGGUCUGGACCUUAAAUAUUAACUACUACUGCGCGAUUCCCUGUCCUCUCACUCAGAACUUCUGAUCAACUUUUCAACUCCACUUGGAUCUCUAGGGUUGAAGGCAAAUUUUCUUGGGUGUGUAAGGCUUGGCAGGCUGAGCUACAGCCUGUUGACUCAUGGCGAUUAACACUGAUGUCGAAGACUGGGGAGGAGUUGGGAGUAAUGACUCUGGAGAAAGAGCGUGGCUCUUGCAGAGCCCCAGCGUGGAUUCUGACCGGCAUCUUGAGACGGACAGGAGGAGGAGCGGGGGCGUGUCCUCUUUGGGAGCUGUCUUCAUUGUAGUGAACGCAGCGCUGGGAGCAGGGCUACUCAAUUUCCCUGCAGCCUUCAAUAUGGCAGGAGGUGUAACUGCGGGAGUGAUGCUUCAAAUGUUUAUGCUGAUCUUCAUAAUCAGUGGACUGGUGAUCCUGGGCUACUGCUCUCAGGUCAGUAACGAAAGCACCUAUCAGGAGGUUGUCCGAGCCGCUUGUGGGAAAGUCACAGGUGUCAUAUGUGAAGUAGCCAUCGCUGUCUACACCUUUGGGACUUGCAUUGCUUUCUUUAUUGUCAUUGGAGACCAGCUGGAUCGCUUGAUAGCUGCAAUGCCUCAUGAAUCCGAUGCUACAGUCAACAGCUACUGGUACACUGACCGUAAAUUUACCAUUGUUGUUACUGCCGUCCUGGUUAUUCUUCCCCUCUCCAUCCCCAAAGAGAUUGGCUUUCAGAAGUAUGCCAGCGCACUGAGUGUGAUGGGAACCUGGUAUGUUACCAUCGUGGUCAUUAUAAAGUACAUCUGGCCGGAUAAAGAGGUGACUCCGGGCUAUGUUCCCACGAGUUCUUCUUCCUGGACUGCAGUUUUCAAUGCAAUGCCCACCAUAUGCUUUGGUUUCCAGUGCCAUGUCAGCUGUGUGCCGGUGUUCGACAGUAUGAGCAGAAAAGAGAUCAAACCUUGGGGAGUUGUAGUCACACUCAGCAUGAUCAUUUGUCUCUUCGUUUACACAGGAACAGGUGUCUGUGGCUUCCUGACAUUUGGCUCCAAUGUCAGUCAGGAUGUGUUGAUGUCAUACCCUCCCGAUGAUAUUGCGGUGGCCAUCGCAAGAGCCUUUAUUGUCAUCUGUGUCAUCACCUCCUACCCCAUUUUACACUUCUGUGGCAGGGCAGUUAUUGAAGGACUUUGGCUGCGUUUCCAAGGUGAGCAGGUGGAGGUCUGUGUGCAUCGUGAGCGGAGGAGGAGGAUCCUGCAGACACUGGUGUGGUUUGUUGUCACCCUCGUCCUAGCCCUCUUCAUCCCAGAUAUUGGUCGGGUGAUCUCUCUGAUCGGAGGAUUGGCAGCCUGCUUUAUCUUUGUAUUCCCAGGUUUGUGUUUGAUGCAAGCCAAGCUGUCAGAGACAGACAAUCGAUCUGCAAGCUGGCACGGAUUGGUGGUCUUCGGUGUUGUCAUGGUUACAAUCGGAGCUUUCAUCUUUGGCCUCACCACGACUAACUCCAUCUAUCAAGACGUCGUUAGCUAAAAGGAACAUUUUUGUCGGAGCCAGCGGUGUCCUCGUUAUUGAAGACGGAGGGGGGGGCCGGUGGGGGCUUAGUCCUGUGCUGCUAUACUGAACUACUCGAUACGAUGAAGAAGCAUCUCAUGACACUCAUUUAAAAAAAAAAAACAACUCUACGGCAUGUCACAUCCCUGCUCCAUGUUGAGUUAAAGCUCCACAGCUCUUUACUCAGUCAGGUAGUAUUCAGAGACACCCCACAAUGCCAAGUGACUUCAGACACUUUGCCUUUUAAUUUAUGUAAAAUUUUAAUUGCAUGUUUUAUGUUUUUAUGAUGAUUUUAACUUGCUGUCAGAAUGUUUUUCAACGGUUUAGCCAUCCCACCAGGGCACAGAGCGGCUUCCCCCGUCUGUAGACCCUGUGUGGAUGACACAUUCCUGUCCUGUUUACAAGAGCCGAAGGACUUUGUAUAGAAAGGUCUUACAAUCAAAUUGAUUUUAAUAAUGAAAUUGUACCAAUUUGUGUAUUUUAACUUGCAUGUCAAAGUAAAUGUUUCUUAUUGAAAAUGACAUGCUGUGGUUCCCAGGUUUAAUCCAGGUCCAGACUUUAAGUUGGCGCUGCUCGUAGUUUGUCCACAAAUUAAACUGAAGUGAGUGAUAGGUUUGCAUCAUUAAUGAGUGAUAUGUCCACUGCAGGGCCGGGCUAUUCAAGUUAAUUUAUUAAUUUCCGGUCAGGAUUAUAUUUUUUUAAAAUACAUUCAGGAAAUCAUUUUGAGUUAUUUAUGUUUUAGUUUUGUUUCUUAUAUAUUUUCUUACAUAUUUUAUAAAGUGAGAAGUACUUUGAUGAUUUUAUAAUUGGCUUUGAGGUAAAAUUAUAUUUUAAGACAAGUUUGCAAAAGUGCAAGCCUGCAGGCCUUUGAGAUUAGUUGCUUCAAUGUGCAGACAGGCGGAGAACCUCAGCAGUGCUCCUCCCCAAACACUGCACAGAUCAGCAGGAUGUCCAAGACGAGCAGCGCCUCCACAUUCAGGAAAUGAAAAAAGCCAAAAUCUUUGAAGCGAAAAUGACUCUUUGUGAAUGUAUGCAACAAAACAAAAAUGGAUGUAACCUACACAGAAUUCAGUUUGCACAUCAUUUUACAGGAACAAGUUGCUCUUGGUGUACAGAAACAGAUUAUCUGUCAGUGGGGAGAUGCCAAUUAGUAAAACUCAGUGAGGUUUUAUUUAUUUGUUUCUACCACAAGAAUAUCUUUACCAAAAUAUCAACCAAUAUUUAACACUAAUUAAAGACGUUAAUACAAUUAUUGAGAUCAUUACAUUGGAUUGUAAGUUAAAUUGAUUUAAUUUGCCAAAAUUAUUUUUUCAAUCAAGCUGCAAAUACAGCUGAAAUAAAUAAUUAAAAUAAAGAAAAUGUUCAAAGGUUUACAGUGACUUUUAUAUCUGGUUUUACACUUAAUUACAUUACAGCUAAUAAUCUUUGGUACGUUGAGCAUGUUAUGAUCCAUAAUUCAAGACUUUGUUUCUACUGUUUAUCCACAUUUGAUGAAACCAUAAGGUGUUAUGUGGACAUCAGGGAAAAAGAAUGUGAAAAGGGAUUUUACGUUGCCUUAGUCACACUGUUGGACUAAAUACAUGGAUAUAUUUACCGUAUUAUUUAGAGGAAGGGAGGGGAGCUACAGUCAGAGCAGUAAUGCUGUCUGAACAGAAAAAACACUUUAGAGCGUCAAGACUGUUUUUAUAUUAAAAUGUCUUGUAAUCAUUGUUGGAAUACAAAUAGUUUUUAUGGUUUGUUUGAUUUCUUUUAACCUUUUGGUGCUGCAGACAGUUUGUCUGGUCACGAGUGAAUGUCAGGUGCAUUUAUAAUUUCUGUCACUGAUUUACUGUGUUUUCAAGAAUGUACACUUUUUUCAUUUGUUAAUCAGAAAUCAUGUGUCCCUGUUGUCUCAAACCAAAAGUUGACUUGCAAACAAAGUUCAUGGCAAAUUUGAAUGGUAAUACUUAACAGAACUACCUGUGAUGUACCGAUGAGUGAACUACAAUGAAGGCAUGUGAAUAAAUCUGACAAUCCGUGUUA